AGUACCAUUAGAGACCAUGGGGGCAGUGUCGCUGUUACUUCCCGAUACGUAGCCCUAUUGAGACAUGAAGAAGACAUAGCAAUGGUGGAAAUUCUCAGUCGCGAUAUAUUUAACAGCCUCACCGACCAGCUCCUCCGACAACGCUGCCUCCGUUUUCCUCUCUAGUGCAAGAGCUGGAUGGAACCAUGGAUCUGGACGAGAGACGCCUCAUCCGUUCAGCCAUACGGGAGUUGAGACGGAGAGAGAUUGAGGACAUGGAGGCCGCACUGGCAAGCAAGAGAUUUCGUCCCACGCGACUGAAGCAGCAGGAAGACAAAGAAAAUCAACACAGGUCGGAGUUAAGUGGCACCUUGGAUUCCUUGUCUCUUAAACUUCAAGCCAUUAAGGAUAUCGAUGAGCUCACAAAAAUGCUCCGUGCUGCCAGUGAGUAUGAAGAGAGAAAGAUGAUCAGAGCAGCCAUCAGACAAGUUCGAGAGGAUCAGCAACAAGGAAGUACAGAGAAAAGCAAAGGUCCCUGUUUGGAACUGGAGAGCGUUGAGCCCCAGAACAUGAUGGGAACUGUGCAGCUGAGUCCUGGAGCAGCGGUGAGGUCGGAAGCCCCAGGUGGUCUGAUGGAUGAGGACUGGUGGCUGGUGUAUGGAGGGGGGGAGGAGUGGUAG